AUGUCGAUGCCUCCUCCCCCUGUGCCACUCACACCAAAGCGCUCCGCUGCUCAACGCGCUGCCUCCGUCCGACCGGAGGCCGCGCCCAUCAACGUAGACAACUUUUCACCUCGUCGUGCUUCGGUACCUCCUCAGUCGAUCCCAUCUCCUUCCAGUCUUGGAGCGGUGCUGCUCAAUACUCCGCCAAAGAUCAAGGCCGAAGUCGUAGAACGACCGAUUUCACCGUCUACUCCCUCUCCCUCGCGCCAUCGGGUCACGCCUUCCCCUUCUCCCUCUCCAUCUCGUCGUCGUCGAUCUCCUUCGGUCACUGGGACCUCAACUCUUGGCCGAGCGAUCUCUCGAUCCCGCCUCUCUCCAUCUCCUGGCCGCUUCAAGUCACCAGGUCUCCUUUCUCGUCGCAGCAUCAGUCGCUCCCUCUCUGCUUCGCCUCGCUCCCGCCGAGCUGGUACCGUGCCUGCCUCGCCUUACGUCGCCGCGGCCAGGAGCAGGGUACUCAGAGCCUCGGCAACUCCAUCGCCUCAACGCCCUCAUCUACCAAGUGCUCUACCACUCUCUUCGCCUUCGGCUUCUCUGGGACAGGGCUCGAACGCCACCGUCGUCCCUUCAGUGGCCCCUCUGCAGACUAUCCUCCCAUCUCGAGAGCCAACACCAGCACACCUGGUGGACCGUAACAGGGGCCGUCUUCCUUCUGACACUCCUGGCCCGGUCAACUGUCCGCCUCCUCAAGGCCAAGUCGAAACCUCAGAUGUAUUAGCUGGACAGAAGCGCAAGGGCAAACGCAGGAAGGCCUCUGAGAAGGCAAUUGUUCUAGACUCCUCGUCCUCCUCCUCCGACAGCGACAGCGAGAUGGAGGUCCUCCCGGCCCCUGUCACUUUCGCUGCCUCUCGCUCUCGCUCCCUCUCGCUGGUCCCGCCCUCGAUCACUGGCACCAGUGCCUCAAUGCAGCCGCACCUCGCCGAAGAAGACAAUCACGAAUGUACCAUCGAGGUGCACGUACUCGUCAAAGGACCCAAUGGGGACGCUAUAGCUCGAGUGUCGUACCAGCGACAGGCGCAUCUUGGUCCUCAGAGGUGCUUCAACUCAAGGCAGAAUGAGGUUCUGGAUAGGGAAGCUCCAAAGACUGCCCGAAGACUCGAGCAUGAGUUGAGGAAGGUUCGAAGGCAGGGAUGA